AUGGACAAGCAAUUUGUCAACAACGAUCUUCUCCGAGAUUUACUCAACGAAGAAGGUCCGCUAGAACGCGUCCGGAGCGGCUCAGUUGGUAGUGACCCAGACUCAGACCCUCGUCCAACCGGAACGAAACAGAAAAGCUUUCCCAAGCUGACCCAUUCGGACCGCGCCCUAUGUCGAAUUCUCUACCACGAACAUAAUUGGAGGCUGGAUCUUGUGGCAGAAGCUUUUGGUCAGUCGCGUCCUGGAGGAAAAUCGCCCCUGUAUAAAGCAGUGAAGAACAUUCCAAGCGCCAAAGGCUCAGAUAUCGAUGAUCCUUCGAGAGACCAUGAAUUCGUCAACAAAGCCAGACUCGCAGAAUUAUUGGUCCGCUCACACUCACCUUCCACUCAUCCACACCGCCGUUCCACCUCACGUGCUAAGGCACCUCGUUUCAAACCCUACGAGCGAUCUCCUGGGAAACAGGGGAAGACUAUGCAUGCAAGUGGAAAAAAUGCUGCCGAUCGGAGCCAGCCUGACCCUUUUGACUGUCCGCCGCGCUCUCAUCACGCCCGCGAUGCUGACUCGGAUCGUUUGUCCCCAUCCAACAGUAGUUUUCGUAGAACGGGCCAUGUCGGCUCGCGUGCAGCCUCUCUCGAAAAAUAUCCCACUGCAUCCAGCCAGAUGCCAUCGCUCUUCGAAUUCCUCGCAAAUAUUGGACCUGAAAUCGACCUCUCCGAUCGACACAGCUUGUUCAUCGAUCGAGGCAUUGACACCAUCGCAAAGCUUCGGGCAAUGAAAAGCUGGGACAAAGAAGACCUCCACGGGGCACUGAGUGACUGGUUCCAUGACAAAGUCACAGUAAAGUCCGGAAAAUAUACUCCACUCAACGACUACGAGCUUGUCGCCCUUCGGCAGGCCAUCCAAAAGCUGUAA